CAUUUUCCUCCAUCGGUGGAAAAUAGAAAUAUGACCGUUAUAUAGAGGGAUCCGAAUUCUGAAUCGUGUUUGAAUUUGACAAUUAUGUCGUUGUUUUAAGAAAAAAAGAGCACAACAAAUCUAAUGAAGAUCCCAAGCAACUAGUUCCCAUAAAGGAAAGCCACCACUUCACAGUUCACUGUCUUUCUCUCUCUCUCCCUCUCUGAAGCAUCACCAUCACCAUGAGCACGCAAACCGCAACCCCAGUGAUCAAAGGGGAAGAAGAAAAGGAAGGAACAAAGGAAGUGGUUCAAGAAGAAGAAGAAGAAGCAGAAGAAGCGUCUCACCCUUACGCCUUUCAUGUUUCUGGUCCUCGCAAUUUGGCCAACCUUAACUGGAGAGACCUUAUCAGUUCUAGCUGGAAGGAUGCAACUUACAAAAGAACUGUCAUUGCUUGUUUUAUACAAGCAGUUUACCUGCUUGAACUAGAUAGACAGGAGAACCGAAUGCAAGAAAACGCUCUAGCUCCAAAUUGGUGGAGUCCCUUCAAGUACAAGCUCACACAAACAUUGAUUGAUGAAAGAGAUGGAUCCAUUUUUGGUGCAAUUCUUGAAUGGGACAGAUCUGCAGCAAUGGCCGACUUAGUACUAAUUAGACCAAGUGGUGCCCCCAAAGCUGUUUUAGCUCUAAGGGGAACGCUACUCAAAAGCCCUACAAUGCGGAGAGACAUUGAAGAUGACCUUCGUUUUCUUGCCUGGGAAUGCCUGAAGGGCUCUGUCAGGUUUAAAGUAGCUCUGGAGGUACUAAAAUCGGUUUCUGACACAUACGGAAGCAGCAAUGUUUGCAUUGCAGGGCAUUCAUUGGGAGCCGGUUUCGCUCUUCAAGUGGGAAAGGCAUUGGCAAAAGAAGGCAUUUAUGUGGAGACACAUUUGUUCAAUCCACCUUCUGUUUCACUAGGCAUGAGUCUCAGAAACAUUGGAGAAAAGGCUGAGUUGGUUUGGAAGAGACUUAAGUCUAUGUUUCCUUCUUCGAGUAGUGAAGAAGCUCAAGCCGGCAACGAUGGAGACAAGACUUUGAGCAUGGGACUGAAGAGUUGGAUACCUCGGUUUUCUAGCUUCAAGAAUGCCGGUUUCGGGGUCGGAAAAUGGGUUCCUCAUCUGUAUGUAAACAACAGUGACUACAUAUGUUGCUCUUAUACAGACCCCGAAUGCUCGGGAGGAGAAAAGAAUGAUGCUGACAAGGAGAAUAUUGGUCCAACAAAUGGACAAGUUGAGGCAAAACUGUUUGUUGUCACCAAGGAAAAGCAGAAGUUUCAUGAAGCUCAUGCCCUGGAACAAUGGUGGUCCAGUGAUGCACAACUUCAGCAGGCUAAUAGUAAACUCAUAAGCAGGCAGCUUAAAUCUUUGUAUACAAGUGGUACUUCUUCACAAGUAAUGCAAGGAAAAUUACCUAGGUAACAAAUGGUCUUGCUCUGAUUGUUUGUGAAAUGAGUUGUUUUCAUUCUUAAUUAUAAUUUGGGUUGUGUUCAUAUCUUGUUACUUUUGGUUUUCUUAUAUUUUUCCUUUAAACAAAUUGUAUCAUUUUACCUUGCAAUAUAUGAAGUCAUUCUUCUGUGAUUUCAUGUUAGAGUCUCGAACAUAAAUUUAAAUCCAUAAUCUUCCUAUUUCCUUUCCAAGAGUGAAGGGGGAAAUGAAUGCAGAUUUGUCUGCAACCAGCAGACGACAGUUGAAUUUUGUUUCCUAA